UGGACUUGUGCAAAUAGAUUACUUACUUUGAAUUAUUUUUAUUUAGAUUAGCACUUGGGCAUCAGUGAAUCAUCAGACAUGGAUUACAGAGGCAGUGUGAAACCUUUUGUGCACUUUAACGCCAAGCAGGAUGCAGAUAUCUUACGUAAAGCCAUGAAAGGAAUUGGCACUGAUGAAGACAUGGUUCUCAAGAUUUUAACCACUCGUAGCAAUGAGCAACGACAAGCUAUCAAAGCAGCCUAUAAAAAAGCCCAUGGCAAAGACCUGGUGAAGGACCUCAAGUCUGAGCUGGGAGGGAAGUUAGAGGAGUUGAUUGUGGCUCUCAUGUCUCCUCCACGUGUGUACGAUACAGACCUACUUCAUAAUUCUCUCAAGGGAGCAGGUACAGAUGAUAAAAUUCUGAUUGAGAUUCUGGCAUCAAGGACACCUGAGCAGCUGAAAGAGAUAAUAAAGAUAUACAAAAAAGAGCAUGGAAGCAAAUUGGAGAAAGACAUCAUGGGAGACACAUCUGGACAUUACCAGAGGAUGUUCGUUAUUCUUCUACAGGCAGAGAGGGAGCAGGGAGUAGAUGAAAGCAGAGUGGAGAAAGAUGCCAAGGAGCUGUUUGCUGCUGGUGAGAAGAAGAAGGGUGGCACAGAUGAAGAAAAGUUUGUCAAUAUCCUGGGCAACAGGAGCAUUGAGCACCUAAUGGAAGUGUUUGAGGCAUAUAAAAAGAUUGCCGGCUGUGACAUUGAGGAGAGUAUUCGUGGGGAAUUCACUGGCAACCUUGAGGCAUUACUUUUAGCAGUGGUGAAAUGUGUCAGAAGUGUGCCAGGCUAUUUUGCCUACAGCCUUCGUGAGUCUAUGAGGCGUGCUGGGACUGAUGAUGAGAGUCUGAUCAGAAUCAUGAUAUCCAGGAGUGAGGAGGACAUGCUGGACAUCAGAGCCCACUACAAGAAGAUGUACGGAGAAUCACUGCACCGCACUAUACAGGAUGACACUGACGGUGAUUAUGGAAAGGCCCUGCUUUACCUCUGUGGUGGAGAUGAUUGAAUAUUUUGUUUAAUUAUAUCAGCUUUUCAUUUACUUGUUUAUGAUUCAGUGAGCACACAGUUGGCAUCAUUUAUCAUCACAGAUACAUAAUUAGCCUGGUUGUUAAAGUACUUGGUGUGAUUAUAUAUUUA